AGUCGGCAGCCACCGACGUGGCCACCCCAUUCCGCUGUGACGCCGCGAGAUCGGGAAUCCCCCUGCCAGGCCUGUCCGCCUGUUCCUGAAUCUACACUGCACGAAAAUUCCCCGACCCUCACACGCUCAGCCAUCUGACCAUCUCACCUCGCCGCCCCGACCCCCGCCACCGCUCCGCGAGGCGCCCAGACGCCGACGCCCGCCACCCCGGCCAGGCCGGGACGGCUGCUGCUGCGGCGGCAGGAUGGGGGUGGACUACUACAAGGUGCUGCAGGUGGAGCGCGGCGCCUCCGAUGACGAGCUCAAGAAGGCGUACCGGAAGCUCGCCAUGAAGUGGCAUCCGGACAAGAACCCCAGCAACAAGAAGGAGGCCGAGGCCAAGUUCAAGAAGAUCUCAGAGGCCUACGAGGUGCUAAGUGAUUCACAAAAGCGGGCGGUCUAUGACCAGUACGGGGAAGAAGGACUCAAGGGUCAGGUUCCACCUCCUGGAGCAGGUGGUCCCAGUGGGUCUUCCUACUAUGGUGGGAAUGCGUCGACAUUCCAGUUCAAUCCUCGCAGCGCAGAUGAUAUUUUUGCCGAGUUCUUUGGGUUCUCAAGCCCAUUCUCAAGCAUGGGUGGCAUGGGAGGCAUGGGCGGAGGUGCUGAGUGGGGCAUGAGGGGCUCAAGGUUUGGGAUGUUCGGGGAUGACAUAUUUGGGUCCUACCCUCAGUUCCCUGGUGAGGCAUCAAUGCAUGUUCCACAACGGCCUUCGAAAGCUCCUCCAAUUGAGAACCGAUUGCCAUGCAACCUUGCUGAUUUGUACAAAGGUAUCUCCAAGAAGAUGAAGAUCUCACGAGAGAUUUUAGAUGCUGGCGGGAGAACUAUGGUUGUCGAGGAGAUCCUAACAAUUGACAUAAAACCUGGAUGGAAGAAAGGGACAAAAAUAACAUUUCCUGAAAAGGGUAAUGAGGCUCCACACAUAAUUCCUGCAGAUAUUGUAUUCAUAAUUGACGAGAAACCUCAUGAUAUAUUCACAAGAGACGGGAAUGAUCUGGUCAUGACUCAGAAGAUCUCCUUGGCCGAAGCCUUGACAGAAUGUACUGUUAAUGUAACAACUUUGGAUGGUCGGAACCUGACAGUACCGAUAAACAGUGUCAUCUACCCUGGCUAUGAGGAGGUUGUUCCCCGAGAGGGCAUGCCGAUUCCCAAGGAUUCUUCCAAGAAGGGAAAUCUUAGGAUCAAAUUCAGCAUCAAAUUCCCCUCGAGGCUGACCUCAGAACAGAAAGCGGAAAUCAAAAGGCUACUAGGUUCUUGAGCAGUGGACACAGGCUGGGUUUUUGGGCAUUGCAUUGGUGAGUCCAGUGUACAUUCAGAUGUUAGCUGUGAAUACCAUGCAGAAGUUUCGGUUUCCUUGAGAUGUACUGGUUCUGGCAUUUUUGAUGUUUUGAGCUUGAAUAUUAAAAUGUUAAUUUUUGGCAGAAUAAUUCCAUGAAAAUAGAUGUUUCAGUGUGA